UGUUUGUCUUUAGGUCGCCUUUGGUAAGCCCAUUUUAAUUCAUAGAAAGCGUUAGCCUGUUUUUAGGCAUGACUCAGCUAUCUCACCUGAUUUUUUCAAAUCUUUGUGCAACAUAGUACAUUAAGGGAUGCUUUGGUGUUGCAUUUUAUUCUCUAAUUCUUGCAAUAACCUAUUUAGUGUCUCUCUGUCUUAUAACGUUAUAACGAGAUGUCAGUGCUGCAGUACACAUCCUCUCGGGCAGCAAGUUCUCCUCAAUCAAAGUACUUCAUGACAUGAAGUCAGACAGAAAAGAAAUGCAAAAUUGACAUUUUGGCUCAGACGACCCGGACCUCCAGAUGUGAUCACACACCAUCCAUGUUGCAGAGCUCUUUUCAUGCUCUCUUCUACACUGAGGUGCACAACUUCUAUCUGACAUUCCAGUAAAUAAUAUACUAGCGUCAGUCCUCUUCCAAAAUACCCAACAUGCAAAACAAAACAAUGCAUUUCAUCUCUCACAAUAUGUGAACCACUUCUCUCUCCUGCCGUCUCUAUAGGUGGAUGUCUUCUGCACUACUGGAUUCUGAUAUUAUGUUGCAGGUAGUGAUCAGAAAAUAUUUAUCACAAAAAAGGCUGUCCUGCUCUGCCGUCUCUCCCUGACACUGUCCUCCUCGGGGGAUGCAAGCUCCAAGUGGAUCAAUGACAUGUAGAGACACAAUGAGUGAGGUUUUGAACAUAAUGAUACCAUCAGAUCCAGAGUUACUGGAUUGCUUUAGAAAGCUGCAUUGUCAGCACCACAGCACAACUAUACACACAUAUUUUCUAAUAAGUUGAUGCAUUUCUCGAAAUUAACAACUGCACUUUUUCCCUAAUUUUGUCAGUGGGACCUGAACUCCAGAGUAGCACAGUCUAAUGUGAAAUAUCAUCAUCUUAAAUGACAUGUUGUUGAGCCAGACAGUCCAUUGUUAGCUACUCCUUGCUUCUACAUUUUUUCCACUUUCACCCUGUCUCAUCUGUCUCCCUGUCCUCAUGCUCCUCACAGUACCUGCCAUCACAAUGAUAGGCCAUGGCCCAUGGGUGCUGAAGAAGGUCCUGCAGCUACUUUUGCUCAGUUGACAGCAUUUAUCUGAAGGGCCCGUGUUGUUUUGGUCCGCAAUUUAUCCGUGGCCUCCCUUCUACUUUGUCUUAAAGAUGUUGACACAGUUUGGGUUUUUUUGCUGAUUCCCUGUUUAAUGAAGGCACUGAGACAAAAGGUGAAAAAUCUGGUUAACCGAUCAGACAUUAAAUAAAUCAAAAAGAUGAUUGUGUCUGGCAAAAGAGCCCAGUGGCUAGCCGGGAUGGCCAGCUCAGCUUUCAGUGAAAUCAAAUGACUGCAGGUUUCUCCAGUCCCGUAUUCCACCCUUGGUCCUGAAUUCUGAUCUAUGUAUCUAUGUAUGAUGUAUGUAUCUACACGCAUACAUCAGUUUGUACAAUGCUCCUUUCAUUUCCAGCUGAAACUCUGCAAUUCAGACCCCACGAAGCAGUAAAUUGAGUGUACAUCUGACUUCAUUGGCUUUGCUGCCUAGUGUUGACUUGGCUCAUUUCAGAAUUCAAGUUGUCAACAUCUUUUUAAAGACGAGAUCAGCUACUUUCUUGUAUGCCUUUUUCUGUUGUUAGUUUGGAGGAACGGUGAGCAAGUGGAUGCUGCAGCUCACUGAUGGUGGAUCAAAUGUCCCAGCAGUGUCUCCAAAUGUUGUGCCCUUAAACUGGACUCACGAUAAAGAAGAGGAAUAAAGACACCAUUGCAAAGCUCUCAUUAUCACACAUCUAUAUUAAGUGUGGAAGAGGAGUGCAAUCUCUCCUAGUGGAGCUUUAAGGCUUUACCAACAGAUAAGCGGGUAACUAACCCAGCUAGACAAGGACCCGCAUCACCUGUUGUAACGGUGAUCAAUACUAAUACAGAUCUGGUACAAAAACCAAAUUGCAUGUGCUGAAAAUAGGAUACUGUCAUAACUGUGACAGAAAUUAAAUUAGCUUUUCUCCGAAUUAAAUCAUUUUGCUUGAAAAUGAAUCAUUAUCAUCUGUCACAUACUAUCCAUCACAAAUACACUCAGAUUGAUUACUAGCUACUUCUGGACUCAAGCAAGGUUGACCCCAAUUUACACAUAGCCAGAGAAAACCAAGAUAAAUCAUCAGAUCUGUGGUCUGGUCAGACUACACAGAUACUGUAUGUGACUUAGUAUUAAAAAUAAGUAUUCAAAAAUUGAAAUUAAAGUUUUUAUUUGUUUUAUCAGAUGUAAAACUUAACAAGAACAAAAACAUUUUUUUGUUUGAAAAUGAGUUAUUAAUGUCUGUCAGACAUCAUCCAUCAUAAAUACACUCAGAUUCAUUACUAACUACUUCUGGACUUCAGCAGGGUCGACCCCAGUUUACAUAGAGCCAGAGAAAACCAGGACAAACCAUUAGAUCUGUGAUCAUUUCAAAUGCACUGUGUGUGUAAGGGUAAAAAAAAAAAGCAUAAGAAAAGUGUUGAUACGUUUAAAUAAACAGUUUUUAUUUGUUUUAUUAAAUAUAUAACCUAUAUAACAUACAUAUACAUUCUUCUGCAUUUCACCAAAUCCGCAUCAUGCUUUGCUAGCAAAUGCAGCCUCCAGGGCUGAUAAAUGACUGCAAUGCAGAAUUGUCAAAAACUGCAGUUCCUCAAACAGCCACUUGAGGCUGGCUGAAAAAGCAAGUAAAUUAAAAAGAACUUCAUGCUCAAUUUCACAGCUUUGUGGAAGAAAUAAACAUGUUUACAUAAUGCAACAAAAAUGGUUUUGGGUUCUAGAGCUAAUUUCCCUGUUCAUGAUAGCUGCAUCAGGAUAAGUUCUUAUAUAACUCGCCGAUUUAAAUUGUAUUAAGGCUUAAACUGAAAUGUAACUAAGGGUGCUUUGAGUACCACUUGGGUAUCAUUACAUGACCUCAGCUCCAUCUCUUUGAAUUAGGAGACAUUGCCAAGAUGGGAACGACUGGAGCUACUACACUGAGCUUCAAAACCAGCGUUCAGGCAACCUGUGAGUGACGUAACUGAUGGUUUGUCAAUGCUUGUAUGCAGUCAGUUUGGAUACACACUGGCAGUUUGAGGCUUCAGUGACUUACUUCAAACUGAUCUUUCUUCGGACUUCAUUCGAUUUAAUAUUUACAUUUUCAAAUGAUUUGGAAUUUCAUUUUGUAGUCAUAAACACACAUUGUACACACUAACAGUUUUACACAAUAUAUUGUGAGUGUGUGUUUAAAUACAUUAAGCAAGGAGGAGCUUGGAGAUUUGAUGGGGCAACAGAAAAGGGAAGGAAGUGAACUUAGCCAAUGUUCAUGUACUUGUUUUUAGUUGUCUCUAUUCUCAGGCCAUCCAUCACCAAUAUGAUUUACAUUUAUGUUUUUCUUUCUGCUCUAACUAUUGUGGAGGUGAAGACUCUCGACAUAGUGGGCCACGUUGGGAAAAAUGUAACAGUUGAAUGUUCUGAUUGGAACGUUUGGACAAAUGUGAAUUUUAAUGUUAAGUACCUUUGUGAAAGUCCAUGUUCAGAAGAUAAACACAUAAUUAUCAAAGCAGAAUAUGGACAAACUAAAAAUAACAACAGAAUAGAGUUAACUAACAGAGAAAAUGGUUUAUUUGUGACCUUCACUAAUCUCACAAUGUCAGACUCCAGGAAAUAUUACUGCGGAGUUGAGAGAUAUGGGCAUGAUUCAUUCAUAGAAGUGAAUCUUAACAUUACAGAUGAUGUCACCACUGAUAAGGCGUACACCGAUUUUCAUACAACAGCACCUACUGCAUCACCAACACAAGGAAGUGGAAAUGCACCAUAUUGGAUUAUAGGUUUAAUUUUCAUUCUAAUCAUAGUGAUUGUCCUGCUGAUCCAUACCAGGAGGAUGACGAAGAAAAAACUGAUGUCCACGCCACACAAAGACAUUGGAGGGGUGAGUUUUUUCCAUUUUGAGUCUUCGAUUACCAGGCGCUGUUUCCUUGGUGUUUGUUAUCUUUGUCUCUUCAGUAAGUGUUUUUACAAUCAGGACCGUAAGUCACUGCUCUACAUCAUCUAUCUUCCUACAACCCAUUUUCUCUCAAAAUGUACCAGUCAAACCUGCAUUGCUUCAAGCCUGUUACUGUAACUGCUCCACCUCCGUCCUGCCUCCUGCUCUAACUGAUUAGAUCUUUGCUCCAGUGCUGCUCUGCAAUCAAGCUGUUCCAGUCAUCAGAAAACCUACUUAAAAGUUCAGGAAAACUGUCAUUCGGGCUGAGUGAUUUAACAACAGCAGCUCACCUCUGUGUCUCUUCAGUUGGUGUUUUUGGAAUCUGGACAGAUUGUAGCUAGUGUGGAUCCUGACGGAGUCUAUCAAUCAUUCCAUCCAUCGAUGGAAGACAAGAGCCAAGUCUACAGCACUCUCACACUCACUAAAAGAAGUGCAGCUUCUGAUGAAGUCUAUGAGAUACUCCAACCAUCCACCAGAGAUCUAGAUCAAGUCUACAGCACUCUUGAACCCACCAUGGCAAAUGCAGAUCUGGAGUAAGUAUCAGUGGGUUCAAGCCGUGGCUCAAAUGACCCUGGAAGCCAAUGAGAACUGACUCAAAGAGGAGUGAUGUCAUGGGUGUUUAAUUUUGGUUUAAUUCUGCCAGUUCUGUACAGUUUGCAGUCAAUCAAAAGACUUUUAGUUCUGGACAAGUAAAAGAAGUAUAAAUGUUUUCCCAUUUCAGAAUUUUUUAGUUUUGUGUAUGUCAACACAGUUUUGCACAAGAUGCUGUUGUGGUUUUGUAUAUAAGUGUAUGUGCAGAUGGAAAAGGCAAAGGGAGGAGCUUGAAUCUGAAAGGAAGAGGAAGUUAUAAAAAUUGUGGUUGAACUGACCUGAUCGCUGCUGUGCAUUUGCUUCUCGCUAUGUUUGUGUGUGCUUGUCUGCUUUGUGCCCUGACUAUUGUGGAGACGACGACUCUCAACAUAGAGGGACAUGUUGGGAAAAAUAUAACAGCUAAUUGUGUAAACUGGAAUGUUGGGACAAAUGUAAAAUAUAAAGCUAAAUACAUUUGUGACAGUCCAUGUACGAAAGACAAACACAUCAUCACGAAAGCAGAAUAUGGACAAACUAAAAAGAAGAACAGAAUAGAGCUGACCAAUGGAGGAGACAGUUUAUAUGUGACAUUCUUUAAUCUUGAAAGGUCUGACACUCAAAAGUAUUACUGUGGAGUUGAAAUACUUGGUUUUGAUGCACUGAUAGAGGUGAAUCUUAAAGUUAUAGAUGAUCCUGUUACGGUCACUGUUAGGUCAUAUGCUGACUUAAAAAGCUCCACUGUCCCUACAACCAACUUGGAAAUCAUUACUGAAUUAUCUGACUCAAACACAACCCUUGAUACAACACCCACUGCAUCAGCUUCACGAGGAAGUAGAAGUGUUCUGUAUCUGACUGUAGGUGUCAUUAUCAUACUAACCACACUGAUAGUCCUGUGGAGGGUUAUGAGGACUGCAAGGAGACAACUGAAAGUUGUGUCUAGUGCUGGUUCUCCACAGGAAGAUGCACAAGUGGAUGUUGAAUAUGAUGAAAUCAGACAUGACGACCCGCAAACAGAGACCGAACCUGUAGCUUCGACCGUCUCCUUCUCCACAGCCACAGCUGACGUCGACCCAGACAGUCUCUAUGCAAAUUACUCCUAUCUCCAUGACACUGAAUCAGACGCUGUGUAUUCUAAAGAUGUCUCUUUUACUUCAGCUUCCAGCUUUGAGGUCAGUUUAAAGGGGCCAUGUGCAGAAAGUGAUCUGGUGUACUCUGUUGCUCAACUACCCAAAGGAAAUAUUGAACAGGCCAGGGUAUGUGAACCAACUCAGUUUGAAAGCAUUGAAAAUGACUGUCUGUAUUCCCUUGCUCAGCUACCACAGGCAAGCUGAAGGUGGCUACUGUGAUCAUAUUUGAUUUUUUUUUCUUAUGGAAAUGUACAGAUGUAAUGUAUGAAUGUAAGCUUCAAAAUGUAGGACUUGAAAAUGUACAGCUUAGUCCAAUGCAAGAAUUGAACAAGGAUGAGACCUUUUCUACAUAUAGUGCAUCAAAGGUUACUUUAGCUUCUAUCAGUGAUAAUUUACAUUUUUAAUAGCUCAUAUCUCCAUACUGUUAAUGAACCUUAACUUGAGAAACACAAGCUGGAGCAGAUCAAGAAAGGGACGGCAGGAAACAAAGGUCACAUUUAAUUCAUAUUUAGACACAGCAUAACUGUUACAGCGCUCGCUCCUGUCUCAUUAUCAUUGUCUUUUUGGUGAUUCUGUUUCUUUAUAAAGCUGACAAGAUGUUAACUUAAACCAAGCAAAAAAAAACUGUUUCCUGAAUUACCAAGUUAAGAUAAAACUGAAAGUAAAACAGAAACAACCAAACAAAUGAGAAAAGAAAGAAAGAAAGAGAAAAUCCAAGUAAUGCCUUAUGAAAUGUUCUAUAUACUGUGAAAUGUUUUAGUUUUGUUGGUUCUCUUGUUUUGUGAAUUAUUCUCCUUAUUAGUAAUUUUGUUGUGAAAAACUAUAUUGCCCCCUCUUGAAUUGUUCUACUGUUGUGGUUGUCUCAUACUAUACUGGUUCAGAUCUAUGAAUUCAGUUGAACAAAAUCUUACAUUAACACAAAGACAACAUGAGUAAACACAACAUAUAAAUUAAUAAAUGCAUUUAAACAAAGGGGAUAUACAAUACUAAUAUUACUCUUACUAAGUUUAAAAAGAAGGUAACUGGUUGCAGCUGGACUAGACACACAAGCCUAAAUACUAAAAUUCCUCAUCAAUCAAAUAAUUACUUAAAUAGAAGCACUGGGUUUAAAAAACACAUAGAACAGAAACACAAGAAUAGAAAAAAGAAGAAAGAUUCAAGGUAAAUACUAAGACUCUUAGACUUAGAUCCACUGUGAAAGACAUUAUGCACAAAUUGUCAAUAGUCAACCUUCCCAGAAGCAGACGACCUUACAAAAUUUUGUCUCCAAAUCAACCCUCACGGAGACUAACUAUACCAUCUACUGCUCAAAACGAAACACAACACAGAGAUGCUUCACUUUGGGUACAGUCAACAGGAAAUUGACUUGUGGUUGCUACCAUCAGUGAUACUGGCAAGUGCAAAAUGAAGCUUUCUCUGUAUCUGGAAAAACUUUUUUCACCAAUAAACUAUCCACAAUGUCCACAAAUAUUCAAAUUUAUCAACUUACACUGAUAUCUAAAUGUAGCCUCAUUUAAUCUGUUUCUCUUUCAGUAUCAUAAUUGUUCAACCCAGUCUUGUGAUACAUCUUUACUUCUACAUGAGUUGUUCAUUUAGUAAGUAGAUUUUUGUUUGUUUGUUUGUUUGUUUGUUUGUUUGUUUGUUUGUUUGUUUGUUUGUCUUUGGGCAUUAUUUUAUUAUUUAUUACUGUUAAAUGUGUAGAUUUACUGGCAUUUGUCUAAAUUUUUCUGUUUUGGGGAAACUCUUUUUUAUUUGUAUUUCAGUAUGAAAUGGAUCUACGGCAGGUAAGAAAAACCUGUUGAGACUUUGGGCGUUCUUCAUAAAUCUGUAAAACAAAUUUUGACCUGUAAUCUGUAAUGCACAGAACUAUAUGUAUCAUGUACUGCGCUAAUUCUACAUUUUUGGUAAAAAAUAAAUAAAUAUUGCAGGAGGUUAGAUGAGAAUAUUGAUACUAUUCAUGUAUGUGUCCAUUUAGCAUGAAGCUACUGUAAAGACAGCAUAGGUUAGCAUAGUCUGUACUGGGAGACCUUUUUUGAAGGUUCCUGCUACACAUGAGUAGCAUGUGUGUUAAUAGGGAAUUAAUAAAAUAGGGAUAACAUAAUAAUCUGUUAGUGAUUAGUCAGUAGUGAGGUGAUAACAUAAUUAUUAGUAAUCAAUCAAUAAUGGAGGGAUAAUAUAAUGAUUAGUAGCAAAUCACCAAUAUAUGACUUCCUUCAGUCUAGUAGUUAAAUUUAUAAAUACCAACAAUACCCCCACACAUCUCACUCUGAAGACUUUUCAUCAAAUUUGCAAGCACUAACAAACACUGCCGAUUUUUUAUUUAUUUUUUUAAUCUUCUUGUACUUAUGAUUUUGGCAUUAGUUUUUGGCACAUACAUUUACAUGUAGGCUUCAUUUUUUGUUCCUCCCCAACUUACGUUUUAAAGAAAAUCUUGAGACAUACAUGUUUCAAUGACUAUUAGUAGCUCUUGCCAGUUUUAUUUUUUUAAUAUUUUAUAUCUAUUUUAUCUUUAAAAAAUUGAUCCUACAUGUCGCUAUCCUGUUUUGCUGUGUUUCAGUAUUUUGUACUGUUUUAUUUAAUGUUACUGAUUGAUUUUAAGUUUUGAUUAAGUCUUGCUUUUGCACAUAGUUUUGUUGCCACGUACAUGAUAAGAUGUUCAACUCUGUUUGUUUAAAAUGUGCUAUACAAAUAAACUUGAUUUGAUUUAAUCCCAUA